AUGAAUAGGCUGGAAAAAAGGCCUAAAUUGGAUUCUUUUUAUCAUCAUGAAGAAGACAGAGCGGACAAAUGUGAUAAAAUGGAGUCAAUGAUAAAGGAAUUAAAAGUAAUUAUAGGAGACGAUGUAGAAACAGAGAUUCUUGAAUAUUUAGUUCAAAUAUCUAAAGGAAAUAUUGAAAUGGCAUUAAAUAUGUAUUUUGAUAAAACAUGGGAAAAAAAUCAAAAAGAAAAAAAAUACAUAAAUAAGGAAUCUUUAGGCAAGAAAUCAUGGUAUUUGAAAUAUAUUGGAAGUUUUGGAAUGGAAGGAUGGGCUAAUGUUUCUGGAACGGGUUUUUUGUCAGCAGGAGAAGCGGUUUUACUUAAAAAACAGGAAAAGACGAAUGAAAAAAGCAAAUCGAAGCCAUUUUUUUCAGAAUCAGCGAUAAAAAGACGAAAUUCUAGGCAAAAUUCAUCAAGCAUUAUUAGAUUUUGUACAGAAAAAGGUAUAGAGAUAGGUCGUAUUCCUCAGGAAUCAGCUAUACAUAUAUCUACACUACUUGAAUUUAAAACAUGUUCGUUCACAGCGUCAUGUAUUUAUGUUCCAGAUAAGAUAAAAAUAGGCGACAAGAUACUACUUCAAAUAGUAUGUUUUAUUCACAAAGAAGCAUUUACAACCAUGAAGGAGUCAUUAUUUUCCAGAGAAAACUAUAUUUAUGAGAUAUCUAGGACAGAGGAAAUACGUGAACAACAUCGACAGGCCAUUCUAUGGCUUUUAACGAAAGUUGGACUUGAGCCAGAUGAUUCAAAAACUCCAGAUAGUAGAACUAUUUUUAAGGAAGUGGUUAAAGCGAGCAAAAACACAAGCUCAAUUUUAUCAAAAAUGGGGUAUCUAAACCCUUGUGGAGAAAAUGGUUCAGAUUCAGAAGAAGAAAGUAAAGAACUUGAAAAAGAACAUAUUAAUUAUAUAUAUAAAAACGCGAAAUCAUAUAAUCCCAGCAUGAAAGAAGCUUUAUAUUGGAUGAUGAACAAAGAACGUGAGAUUGACUUGUCAGAAGAAGAAAAUACCAUACAUCCGUUAUGGCAAGUAUUUUACUGGCCUUCUUAUAACGAAAAUGGAAAAAAGUUGGAUUUAGAGAAUUCUGAUAAUCGGUUUUAUGUUAACCCAUAUUCUGGUAAACUAACUCUUGAAUUUCCCAGAGCAGACCAGAGUUUUUGUGGUGGAAUAUUAGCAGAUGAAAUGGGACUUGGAAAAACCAUAGAAAUUCUCAGUCUUAUUCAUUCUAAUAAGCCAGUAACGUCAUUAGAUUCUACACCAUUUAUUAUGAAUUCUAAUGCAUCCAUUCGAUCAUGUCGAACUACAUUGGUUGUGGCACCUUUGUCUUUGCUUGAUCAAUGGCGUUCAGAGGCAGAAAUUGCUUCAAAACCAAAUAGCUUGAAGGCACAAAUUUAUUAUGGAACGGAUAAAUCUAUUGAUGUUUUGGUGCAAUGCCAAACUAGCAAUCAACCAGAUUUACUUAUAACAAGUUAUGGUGUUGUUCUUUCUGAAUGGUCACAAAUGACUACAAAUAAUAAAACUUUUUUUAAUUUAUUCUCAAUUGAUUUUUAUCGAGUAGUUUUGGAUGAAGCACAUUAUAUAAAAAACAGACUUAGUAAAACAGCGAAAGCAUGUUCUUCUUUGAAUGCAAAAAGACGAUGGGUAUUAACUGGAACACCAAUAGUAAACAAAUUAGAAGAUCUUUUUAGUCUUAUUCAUUUUUUGAAAAUUGAACCUUGGGGAAAUUUUGUAUUUUGGAAAACUUUUAUCACUAUUCCGUUUGAGUCAAAAGAUAUACCUCGUGCAUUAAAUAACGUUCGUAUGAUUUUUGAAAAUCUAAUUUUGCGUCGGACAAAAACAACAAAAGAUAUACAUGGUAAUUUGAUUAUUACACUUCCAUCUAAAGAAAUUAUAACAGAAGAAAUUAACCUUUCCCCUAAAGAAAGAGAGAUAUAUGAUUUUAUUUAUACUAAAGCAAAACAAGCUUUUAUUGAGAGCUCAGCAUCAGGCACUGUAUUUAAGAAUUAUAUAACAAUUUUAACAAUGUUACUACGUUUACGUCAAAGUUGUUGUCAUCCAUCUUUAAUUAAACGUGGCGAGAAAAGCGAUUUCCUUGAUUUACCUUUUGAUAAAGAUAUUAAAAAUUCCAUUAAUACCGAUGAUAUCAUAGAUCUUAAAGAUCUAAUCGAACCUUUUUGUAAUCAAGAUAUUGAAAAACAGAGUACAGAUACAUAUAAAACUUGUGUUAUCAAAAGUAUAUUGGAAAAAGCACAGAAUGAAUGUUCUAUUUGUUCUGCUAGCCCUAUAGUUGAAGAAGCUAUCACACCAUGUUGGCAUAUAGCAUGUAAAUCUUGCAUUAAAAAGCAUAUAGAGUUUCAAAAAUCUCAUAACAAAAAACCUUUAUGUCAUAUGUGUCGAUCACCAAUUGAUGAACAAAAUAUUUAUGAAAUCAUUCGAAAAGGAAGUCAAGACGUCAAUGAUAGCAAUUGUCGUAUAGAAUUACGUAAAUUUACAUCAAUUUCAUCCUCAAAAUUAGAUGCAUUAAUUAAACAACUGUUUGCAUUGAAAAUGUCAGAUCCUUAUGCUAAAUCAAUAAUAUUCAGCCAAUUUACAACAUUUCUUGACCUGGUGGAAGUAUUUAUAAAGCGAGAUAAUUUCGAAUUCCUUCGUCUAGAUGGAGGAAUGUCAAUGAAAGAACGCUCAAUAGUUUUAGAGAAAUUCCGCACAGAAAAAAAAGGGCUAAUUUUAUUAGCUUCUAUAAGAUCUGGUUCUGUUGGUUUAAAUUUAACAGCUGCGUCCUGGGUUUUUAUUCUAGACCCAUGGUGGAAUUUUGGUAUGGAAAAUCAAGCUAUAGAUAGGGUACAUCGUAUAGGUCAAACAUUGCCCGUCAAAAUUGUGCGUUUUAUUGUAAAAGAUUCAAUAGAAGAAAAAAUGAUCCAGAUUUGCAAAAGAAAACUUAUGCUUGCAGAUGUUUCUGUCACAGAAUGUCAGUCACGUGAAGAUGUAACAAAACGGCGUUUAGAAGAAUUACAAGAACUUUUCGAGUAAUUUUAUUAAGUCAAAAGGCAUUUAGUAGGAAUUGUAAAUAUUAAAU